AAAUUAAUGGUAUAUUGGACAUCACUGACCGGCUCAGAUGUUCAUAAGAACUCUGUGGAUCAAAUUGAGUCUUAUAGAACAAAGCAUGGGUUCAAAGAACUUGACAUUCAUAAUAGCCCUAAAAGAAGAAAUAGAGAUUUUAAGCCGAUGCUCUAUGGAGAUUUUAUUGGAAUGCUCAAUUUCAAACUCUCUGAGCCAUGGGCCCUAACAAGACACCUUCCUGAUCUAGUAAAUGAGAGUCACCAAAAGCCUAUCCAAUGGAUCAAAUACACCAUCAAGGGUGCCGUCAUUGGAGCUAUCUACGGACUCUACCAACAUUCAAAUCACCUCAUCGAAAACAGAUUUGUUGACCAGAAGCUCUAUCUUUCUGAAAAGAGGUCUCCUUUCCACAUCAGAGGUUUGCUGAAAUAUGCAAAAAUAUUCGCAAGACCAAUGGGCUACACUGCUGGACUCUUCUUGGGAUACAAGUUGUUGUAUGACUUCUUCGAGCAUCACACCGGUGGUCAGGAUAUCCCAGAUAUGUUCCAUCAUUUCAAAGCCUGGGUUAUCCUCAGUCCCUUUGUCCUCGGUUAUUUCUUGCCUUUCAGACACCUUCCCUGGGGAAUCAUACUCUCUGCAACAAUGGUGUUCCCUACAUAUUGGUACAUUCGAACUAUUUCCAAUGGUGAAUUCUCCAGAACGCAUCAAAUUUGCCCAGAACCUUUGAACUUCUACCAAGCAGGAGUCUCCAAGGCUGAGAAGGAUAAGUUUGAGCACCAGGAUAGAAUUGAAGCCAUCGGAUGGGCCAGAGCCACAGAGUAUAUGUAUGGAAAGAACAACGAAGGUCCCUCCUUCAUCUCUCAAAAACUCGGAAGAUAAGCUAGAUCAACCCUUUGUUAAGAACCAAUUU